UACAGUGUGAUGUGCAAGUUCAGAAAUGCCUUAUGUGGAUCGUCAGAAUCGCAUUUGUGGUUUUCUAGACAUCGAAGAAAAUGAGAACAGUGGGAAGUUUCUUCGACGGUACUUCAUCCUGGAUACCAGAGAAGAUAGCUUUGUCUGGUACAUGGAUAACCCACAGAACCUACCUUCUGGGUCAUCCCGUGUUGGAGCCAUUAAGCUGACCUACAUUUCAAAGGUUAGCGAUGCGACUAAGCUAAGGCCGAAGGCCGAGUUCUGUUUUGUUAUGAAUGCAGGGAUGAGGAAAUACUUCCUACAAGCCAAUGACCAGCAGGACCUAGUAGAAUGGGUCAAUGUGUUGAACAAAGCUAUUAAAAUUACAGUACCAAAGCAGUCCGACGCCCUGCCUCACUCUGAAAACCUAAGCCGGCGCGGUGAAUGUGGGAAGAAGCAGGUGUCUUACAGGACUGACAUUGUGGGGGGCGUGCCCAUCAUCACCCCCACGCAGAAAGAAGAAGUCAGUGAGUGUGGUGCAAGCAUUGACAGAAACCACUUGAAGCGCUCCCAGAGCCAUCUCCCGUACUCCGCGCCCACACCGCCCCCGGACAGCGCCGUCAUCAAGGCCGGCUACUGCGUGAAGCAAGGCGCUGUGAUGAAAAACUGGAAGAGAAGAUAUUUUCAAUUGGAUGAGAAUACAAUAGGCUACUUCAAAUCUGAACUGGAAAAGGAACCUCUCCGUGUAAUACCACUUAAAGAGGUCCACAGAGUCCAGGAAUGUAAGCAGAGUGACAUAAUGAUGAGGGACAACCUUUUUGAGAUUGUAACAUCGUCUCGAACUUUUUAUGUGCAGGCCGACAGCCCCGAGGAGAUGCACAGCUGGAUCAAAGCCGUCUCGGGCGCCAUCGUGGCUCAGCGCGGGCCUGGCAGAUCGGCGUCUUCUGAGCAUCCUCCCGGCCCCGCCGGCGCCAGGCUCGCGCUCCGCCCCCCCGGGGCCGCCACAGCCGCUCGCAGCAACUCUCUGGUCUCAGGCUUUGCCGUGGAGAAGCGAGGAUUUUACGAGUCUCUUGCCAAGGUCAAGUCAGGGAACUUCAAGGUCCAGACUGUCUCUCCAAGAGAACCAGCUUCCAAAGUGACUGAGCAAGCUCUGCUCAGACCUCAAAGUAAAAAUGGCCCUCAGGAAAAAGACUGUGGCCCGCUGGACCUGGACGACGCCAGCCUCCCGGUCAGCGACGUGUGAGCUGGCGGCGCGGGCCGCGCCCGCCGCAGCCCCGUCUCCCGCGAGACUCUAGCCAAAGACGCCUCUUAGGUGGACUCUGGAAGCCGGUAACCCAAGAAUUAGGGAGUGGCCAAAUUAAAUAUAAUUUCUUUAAAAAAGCGAAAGAAAGGGAAAAAAAAGUGUCUCUGUAUCGACUGUCUUAAGUUUGUGUGUUCUCAUGUGGGUGCCGACAAUGUGAUGCUCUUUCAUAGUGAAUCUGGCAGUGGCAGUGUCUCCACACCGUAACAUGAAACACGCUUCUAGUGACGCGGGUCAUCGUUCCGCUGACUUCCGGCAGGUGUUUGGUGUUUCCCCACCUCUCCGGUUAGUGUCGCUGCCUGGACCACCGCCAGACUGGGGUGGCGGCGCCCGGCCACGCGGGCUGCGGUGCUGCAAGACUCGGCCAGGUCGGGGUGGGUGCUGGCCGGCGACCGCUGGGAACCGUGCGGCCGUCCCGGGCUUGAGGAGAGGGGAGCCGUAGGGUUCCAGGAGCUGCCUCUGGGACGUGUGUGUGGAAAAGCUCAGUUGGGAUCUGCGGCGGUCUUUGCUUUCUUCAGUGAACAGCAUUUCGCGUGAGGUUUUGGGGUGAUGAUUUCCUUACCAAAUUUUGUCAGUGGGUCUUCCCUCUAUACUUGUCAGUAAGGACCCUAAGUUUGUAUGUACAGACAUCUUGCCCUCAGUCGUUUUCAACGGUGGCCUCUCCUUUGUGUCACUGCUAAACUCUAUUCAAGUGCCUGUGCUGCUUUUAUCGCGCUGAGGAAAGUUUUGAGGUGAAUGUGCUCAGCAGUCCUGCAGGAUGGGUUUUAAACAUUGGGAUAAAGUUAAUUUUCAGUAGCUUACUUAGUUUGAUGCGCUAAAUGAGCUACCGUUUAUGUCAAGUGCCAGAACGCUGGUAUUCUACUACCUGUGCAAUAUAUUUGUCUGCAGACACAAAUUUGAGGGCACAUCGGACACGGGGCUGUGGUAACGCAGGCCCCUCUGAGAAAGCGUCCUGGUUUCAGGGGGCGAUUCGCAGACCAGUUUGAGCAAGAACUGUUUUUUGUAGUUCGACCUUGAACAUUCGCUUUAAUAGUCUUGGAUUUCACAUGCUGCUAUUUUUAUAUUUUGCCAUUUUAUAGUCCAUUUGUUUGAACUCGUACACAUCACCGUGUCUCCAGCUCUCUUUCUAAGAUGACUUCUGGUCUGAAAAGAGUCUUGUGCUGCUGGGGCCGGGCGCCGAGGUCACCCUCCGCCACGCUGGCCACACAGCUCCCGUCAGAUCCCAAGUGCAUCAAGAAUGCACCGCUCAACUUUUCAUUAUAAGCUAAUAUUUUAAAAACAUUUAGUUUUUUUUUUUCUUUUCUGCAGCUACAUUUGCAGAUGGUAGGAUGCAAGGGUUUAAGUAGUUACCGCUUGUGUGCUGACGUGUCCGCUACAUCGGCCCUUCUGAAGUCGCCCUUGGGCGACCUGGGGCACUCAGGAGCCGGAGCCUGUCUCCUGGGGUGCAGUUUCCACAUUGCAUGUUCAUUUUCGUACAUUUUGGUAUGGGUAAUUUGAUAUACUUAACGGUGGCGAAAUAAUGAGCUCUAUUUUGGGACUUUUUAUAGAACUCCCUGGUUCACUAGCCUUGGAAAACACCCUGUGACUGUCCGGGUCUGCUAGUAUUUAUCUCAGUACUUUUAUAAUUCUAUGAAAAUUAUUUAAUUGUUUUAAAGCUUAGACUUUUCUUGUAAAUACGUUACAUCUGAACUGUCAGAAUUUCACUUUGAACACCUUGAUACCUGCUGCGUUUUGUCCCUGUGCGCGUAGCACACCUCUGAGGUGGGGGGGGGCGCGUGAUUCCGAGAGGCUUCUUUUACAAACGUGUUGCCUUUGUAUGUCAAACUGGUUGAACACUGUAAUGACUUGAGAAUAAACUGCUCCAGAAUUAAUUCUAACUCAUUUCUCUCCUGGUUGGGUCAACUGUUUUGUGAACCGAGGGCAAGGCCAGAAUGCAUUUGGUUAAUUGACUCGAAUCUAUGCACAGCAGGCCACCUGGUGACCGGGAAGCCCAAGGAAACCAGGUUGGGGGGACCCAAGGGAAGAGCAGACUUUUUGGGGAAAAGACGUCACUGGUUUUGCUUCCUUAGAAAACAGAUUUUCAAAAGCCAAAUGGAGUAUGUUGAGUGCUUGGUGCUGGCUAGACCAGGUGG